CUACACUAUUUAUAAUUCCCAACCAAAAAACGGAAUAACCAAAUUUAACCGAACUUAAACAAACAUACGAAUAACUUCGGUUCAAUUCGGUAGAAUUUUUAAAACCUAAUAACCGAUAUGUAAAAUUACAGAGAGUAAUUUCACCCUAAUUUCAAUAUACAGUGGACUCUCCUUCCAACAUUGUUCUGUUUCGAUGAAACAAAAGCAGCAGAGACACGUUUUCAUCGUUAUUUUGGUUCAAUUCGGUAGAAUUUUUAAAACCUAUUAACCGACUGUAUGCAUGUCCGCAUCUAGCAUCCAUUCCUGAGGAGAACUUUGCAUUGCAUCCCGAGGACUUAGCUCUGUAUUAGUCGUCUUGGAACUGAAGAACUUGGAUCUGACUGAGAUUAAUUCGCGUAAAGCUUCAGCCACUCCCAUCCUAUCCCUUGGAUACUCUUCAGAACACCUUAUUCCCACCUGCAAAACCAGUCUCAACCACUCAUCAACGACGUUGCUUCCGCCUCCACCUUCCUCAUCAUCUCCUGACAAGACCGAGUUUGCGUAGCUGUGGAGGUGGUAAUCGCCUGCAAAUGAUUUGUCUGUCGGUUUCUUUCCAGUGAACAUCUCCAGUAGUAGGAUUCCAAAGCUGUACACAUCUCCUUGUAUUGAUGGUUGGCCUCCCAUUCCAUAUUCUGGUGCGGCAUAGCCAAUGGUGCCUCUCACACCGGCUGAACUAAACUGGUUCAGAAAAGAUUCUCGAUCGAAUUUAUAGAGGAGCCGAGCCAAACCAAAGUCACCAACAUGAGCAGUCAGGUCAUCGUCUAGAAGAACGUUGCUUGGCUUAAUAUCACAGUGAGCUACAGGUUCAUGAGAAUGAACAUGCAGAUACUCCAGAGCGGAUGCCACAUCUAUUGCUAUGUUGAGCUUCUCUGGAGGUGUUAAGCUUCUCGAGUGCUCAUUUGCUCUUUCCAGAUCAUCUGGCUGUAGCCACAUAUCCAGACUUCCUUUUGGCAUGAACUCAUAGACCAGAGCCCUGAAAUCAUUUCCUUCGGAAUCGAUGCUUGAGCAGACCGUUAUCAGUUUCACAAAAUUGCGAUGCCUUAUACCCUUGAAGGUUUCACAUUCCGCCAUAAAGCUUUUCGUUGCUCCAUGCUUCAGGAGGUUUAGAACUUUAACAGCCACGAUUUUCUCAUCACGGCCAACCAGUCCCUUAAACACAUUACCGAAGUUGCCUGAACCAAUCAGAUUGCUUGAAGAGAAGCCACUUGUUGCAUUGUAAAGCUCUUGAUAACUAAUCUUCUCAUAGAACAUCCCCAAAGUAGUAGAAUCAGAUAGGUUACUACCACUUGCGUUCUUCUUCUUCUUCUUCUUACUCCUCUUCUUGAACCAACACAGAGAAGCCACAAAUAUUAUCAACAAAAGUGAGGCUACACCUAUACCAACACCACUGGCAAUUUUCUUUCGAAGUGACAGAGGCUUUCUCGGACUUGGUGAUGCGUGCACAAUGCAUGGCUUUAGCUGCAUUUCUCUGAUGCCGCCGCAUAGAUUUUUGUUUCCAAAAACAGAAACCUCUGUAGCAUUGCGAAACACUCCUGUUGUUGGCACCCUUCCCUCGAAGUUAUUCAUAGAGAGAUUCAGAUUCCGCAGCACAGUAAAAUUGGCCAGAUAUUGAGGUAUGUGGCCAGAGAGAUUGUUGUUGGAGAUGUCAACAUUUGCUAAGCUUACCAACCGACUUAUAUCUGGAAAUGCUCCGUCAAACGAGUUUCCUUGCAGAAAGAGAAACUCCAUCGAGAGACAACCCCCUAGAGUUUGUGGGAUGUGUCCUGAUAACUUGUUGUUGCUAACACCUAGUCCAACAAGAAGCUCUAACUUUCCAACUUCUUCCGGAAGUGUGCCGGACAAGAGAUUGCUUGACAAAUCUAUGUAAGCAAGGGAUGGAAUUUGCAGUAUCUCCCGAGGUAUAGUCCCAUUCAACCUAUUCGUAUCAAUCCAUAGGUCUAGCAAGUUUCGGCAACGUCCAAUACUCUUAGGGAUUCUUCCGUGGAAACUAUUGCUGUUCAGAUGGAUCUUAUGCAACUGAGUCAUCUUGUCAAAAUAAGAUGGUAGCUCCCCCGAUAUUCCAUUUGAAUAGAGAUCCAGCACCUGCAAUUUCAAAAGCUUUCCAAAAGAGACUGGAAGUUCCCCUGUCAACAAAUUUGCUUCUAAACCGAGUUCUUGCAGGCUAAUGAGAUUCCCAAUGUCACGAGGAAUUGUUCCAGAGAUGCGAUUUCCUCCAAGGGACAGGCUAGUCAGUUUGGUGGACAGAUUGGCUAGGGAGGCAGGCAGCUCACCUUGAAGUCUGUUGUAGCCAGCAUCUAAGAACGCUAACUGGGUGCAGUUAGCCAAAGCCCCAAUAAAUUCAAGAUCACUGAACGAGUUAGUUCCCAGAGAGUUUAAACCAAUCCCUAGCUCCCGCAGAUUACGUAGUUUUCCAAAACUCGAAGGGAUACUUCCUGUCAGGUUAUUAGUUGAGAUAUGGAACCUUUCAAGGUUUGAGAUAUUGCCAAGUGUUAUGGGAAUAGCUCCGGUGAAACGAUUUACUCCCAAAAUAAGCUCUCUUAGAUUUGGAAGAAGAUCGCCAAAACCAGCUUUAAGUUCACCUGAGAAGCUGUUACCAGCUAGGGCUAGAUAUUCAAGCGAGGAGAUGUUGUACAGCGCAGGAGGAAAAACACCUGAAAAACUGUUCUCUGAUAUUUGGAAAAACACCACUUGAGUCAAUCUAGCUACAUCGUCUGGAAUCUCUCCUUCCAUAAGGUUAUAAGCAAAGUCAAGCUUCCGCAGUGACGUCAAGUUUCCUAAAGAUGCAGGAAACCUUCCGGUAAGGUUGUUUCUAUCAAGACUCAGAACAGCAAGCUUAGAGAGUGAACCUAGUUCCGAAGGGACGCCAUGUCCAAGAUGGUUUGACGAUAAAUCAAGGGUCGACAGUCUAGAGCAGUUAAGAAGACUUGUGGGAAUCCUUCCUUCAAGAAGAUUGUGGCUCAUGUUCAAGUACUGAAGCCUAAACAGCAACCCCACCUCACGAGGGAUGGUAUCACCAAAAGAGUUGUCUGCAAGAUUGAGUAAUCUGAGAAACGAGAGAUUACCAAUGGAGGGUGAGAUCGCACCGGACAAUUUGAAUCCUCCAAGGUCCAGACUUAUCACUCUUUCUUGUUUCCGGCCACAUGUAACACCAACCCAAUCGCAGAGUGGAGAAGUGUUGUUCCAUGAGGCCAAGACCUCUCUCUUGUUUUCAGCAACUUGAGACUUGAACUCAAGCAAAGCCUUCAUGUCAGUCUCAUUUGACAACCUGGCUUGAGCAAAGACCACCGUGGAAACUUCAAGCAGCACGAGAGCAGAUUUUGAGUUUCGUGGAUCGUCGCGUACUCUCGGCCAGUGGCCUUAAUCAACUGACGUGUCGAAAAUCUCCGCAAAGAGCGUUCGCUAAUCUUGGGAGAGUCAUCGAUUUCUGCGAUUGAAUCUUCCGUCGAGUCCUCUGCUUCAGCGCCAUGAUCCAAAUUGUUGUGGUGGUCGAGAAAUCCGAGUGACUGAGAGUGUGGAUGGUGGUGUGCGUCAGCGUGACGUCUAAAAAAGUGUGAAAACAAUGUCUAAACCGGAACAUCAGGAACUACUAGUCAAGUGCAUCUCACAAAACCUUGAAGUCCAAGUAACCAGCGUCUUUGCCCCUAUCAUUCAGACAAUAGCUUCAGCUAUCGAAGUAGCAACAGAUAAUAACCAAACUUCGGCGUAUUGGUUAUCUAAUUUGGCCCUGUUACGUUGCCUACUGCAACGCAGAUUCACAAGUGCUACAAUACCGUGCAAAUCUAUGAUUGGAUUGGCAUGUGUACUAUCACUCAAGGGAUACAUGGGAGGUCGUGUAGUACUCUCUUCUUUGUCUAGACAAAGGGAGGUUGAAGCAAAGUACCCCGCACUACUUUUCAAGCAGCAGCUUACUGCAUUACUCGAGAAGAUGUAUGGAAUGAUCAGAGAUAACCUAAAGAAAGAGAUCUCUCCUCUUCUUGAGUUAUGUAUAAAGGCACAAAGGAAGAAAUUUCCUCAACAAGCUCUGACUGCAUAUUGGCAAAGUAUUGUGGAAAGGCUAAGCAGUUACCUGAUUCUAAUGAAAGCAAACAUUGUUCCACCAUUCUUAGUCAGCAAAAUAUACAUACAAAUAUUCUCAUUCAUCAAUGUUGAGCUUUUCAACAGGCAUAAAGAUUUCUGUAUAAUAAAACUCUGCAGUCUUCUUCUACGUCGUGAGUGUUGCUCAUUCAGCAACGGGGAGUACGUUAAAGCAGGUUUGGAUGAAUUAAAACAGUGGUGUAUAGAGGCUACCGAUGAAUAUGUUGGUUCGGCUUGGGAUGAGUUGAGGCAUAUCAGGGAGGCUGUUUCUUUCCUGGUCAUUCGUAAAAAGCAGGAAAAGACCUUAGAAGAACUAACAAGAGAAAUCUGCCCGGUGCUAAGUAUAGCGCAGCUAUACAGAAUCAGCACAAUGUACUGGGAUGACAAAUAUGUCAGUUAUACUCAUGAUCAUGGUGUUUCUUCGGAUGUUCUUAAAAAGAUGAGGAGGGUUAUGGACCUUACGGUCACAGAGGAAUCAAACAAUAUUUUUGGAAGAUCUUUCCUCUUGGAGGAUGACUCGAGCAUUCCAUUCACAGUGGAGGAUAUAUCAAAGUCAAUGCAAGAACUGGAUGUAAACGAUUUUGAACUUCCUCAAUUGAUCCACGAGAACGCAGGUUUCAGCUUCUUACUCACUCGUGGAGAAGGCAGUCCAUUAUAGAAUGGCAUAUGUGUGUUUGAUGGUGUCCUAGAUCUAUUCAUCUCUUUCUUUCUUUCUUUCUUUCUUUAUAAGUUAUUCAUAUAUUUGGAAGUUGGUUUGGGUAACGUUGUAAUGAAGAAACUAUGCAGUUUGUUUUUAUCUCGUCAUGAUCGGAAAUUAGGGUUCGCGUUUGUUUUUUUCACUCUUCUUAUACGGCUUUCAAAUAAAAUAUUAUUUUUCUU